CGGAGCGGUGCGCGCUGUCUGACAGGUUUAGGUCCACCAUGUCCAGUGACGACCUGAUUUCAGUGGAUUAUGAGAUUUUUGGCAAAGUACAGGGGGUGUUUUUUCGAAAAUACACUCAGACAGAGGGGAAGAGGCUUGGCUUAGUUGGCUGGGUCCAGAACACUGACACGGGAACGGUUCAGGGGCAGCUCCAAGGUCCCCGUAUCAAAGUGACAGAAAUGCAAGAAUGGCUGAUGACCACUGGGAGCCCAAAGUCACGUAUAACCAAGGCAGAGUUCAAGAAUGAGAAGAAAAUUGACAACCUAGAGCACUCCACUUUUAAGGUUGCAAGAUAACUUGUAGAUAAUGUGUGUUACACUAACUCAAAAGCCAACUGUAUUUA